CUAUGAAAAGAUGUGAUCAGUUGUCCUAAGAAGGCUUUUCCCUCAAAACCCCUGUCGGUAAACGCAAAAUUUCUCCAGUUCGCUUGAAACAAACCUCUUCGUGGUGGAGUGUAAAUGUCGGUGCACCACUGCUGAACAUUUAAUCGGCCAGAAAUGAGUGGGAAUUAGUGUACGACAGAGGAUUCCCUCGGCGGUUUUGAUCUGCAGAAUGUCUAAACGCCGUGCGUCGGAACGAGGGGCCGGAGAGUCAUCCGGCAGACCCAGCAAGCUCCUUUGUCCUGGGAUAUCUGGCAACAAUGCUAAGAGAGCCGGUCCCUUUGUUUUAGGUCCACGGCUGGGAAACUCUCCCGUGCAGAGUAUAGUGCAGUGUCUAGCCAGAAAGGAUGGGACGGAUGAUUUCUACCAGCUAAAAAUUCUCACCCUGGAAGAACGUGGAGACACAGCAGGAGAGACACAGGAAGAAAGGCAAGGGAAAAUGCUCCUGCAUACAGAGUAUUCUUUACUGUCACUGCUCUCCAACCAAGAAGGAGUGGUGCACCAUCACGGCCUCUUCCAGGACCGCUCCUGUGAGAUUGUCGAGGACAUGGAGGCCAACAAAGUGCGGAAGAUGAAGAGACGAAUCUGUCUGGUGCUUGACUGCCUCUGUGCCCACGACUUCAGCGACAAGACGGCCGACCUCAUCAACCUGCAGCAUUACGUCAUCAAAGAGAAGCGACUGAGCGAACGCGAGGCCAUCGUUAUUUUCUAUGAUGUGGUGAGAGUGGUGGAGGCAUUGCAUAAGAAGAACAUCGUGCAUAGAGACUUGAAGCUUGGAAACAUGGUGCUUAAUAAAAGGACCCAUCGGAUCACCAUCACAAACUUUUGCCUGGGCAAGCAUUUGGUGAGUGAGGAAGAUCUGUUAAAGGACCAGCGAGGCAGUCCAGCCUACAUCAGCCCAGAUGUCCUGAGCGGUCGACCAUACCGCGGUAAACCCAGUGAUAUGUGGGCGCUCGGUGUGGUGCUGUUCACCAUGCUCUACGGCCAGUUCCCAUUCUACGACAGUAUACCUCAAGAGCUCUUCCGCAAGAUCAAAGCAGCAGAGUACUCCAUCCCUGAGGAUGGGCGGGUAUCAGAAAGUACAGUGUGUUUGAUCAGGAAACUUCUGGUGCUUGACCCCCAGCAGAGGCUCACUGCCACCGAGGUGCUCGAGUCUCUGAGCGCCAUCAUCGCAUCCUGGCAAUCUGUGUCCUCACUGAGUGGCCCUCUACAAGUGGUGCCGGACAUAGACGAUCAGCUUAACCACCCCGAACAUCUUCAGGAGGCGAAAGUGACAGAGGAGUCGUCUCAGUACGAAUUUGAGAACUACAUGAGGCAACAGCUCUUGUUGGCGGAAGAGAAAAACACUAUCCACGAGACCAAGAACUUCCUCAGCAAGAGGCAUUUCGGUAACGUGCCUCCAGUGAGGCGCCUUGGCCACGACGCUCAACCCAUCAGCCCUCUGGAUGCCGCAAUACUGGCCCAGCGCUUCCUCCGGAAUUAGCACCGUCAUUCUGCCCGCAGACGGGGGUCACCAGGAGGAGAGCGAGCCACGGAACUGGGCGCACUCUUUUAUGUACGUUUGCGUGUGAGAGUGUGUGUGUUUGUGAGCAUGCAGCGUGAGUCUGGCAGACACAAACUUGGGCCAAGGAACAGCUCAGCACUCCGUUGUUCCAUUCAUCGGCCCAGGACACAGACUCUGGACACAGGUCUAAUGAGAUUCUGACCACCAACACCACAUCCACCAUGCCAAUCCUUGCCCAAAUCUCACACACACACACACACACACACACACACACACACACACUUUCAGCAAUACCCCAACAGAAUCAUGUAGCAGAUCACACAACUACCCUUUUUCCAUCCGCCUCUCCCCCAGCACUUUCUACAGGAGCGCCUCGGAUCACAUGAUCAACCCUUUUGUUCUGUUCCCCUCAACCAGUUCAUCUGUUCCGCUCCCAUCUGUAUCUAUGACUGCAAAUCUACCUCUUACCAUUUUUUCUAUCUCUCUAUUUCCUCCUUUCUUAGUUAGUUUUUAACAACGCUCUCCGUUCUUAUGAAAGCAGGACUCAUUAUGUUGAGGAGAGACAAGCACAGGCUCAAGAUCAUUAGCAUUGUGGUUGUGUAACUAUUCUGUGUCAAAACCAGUGAUUGGUUUUUCCUCACAAUCUAAAUAAGCUUCCCCCCUCCUCUCCUACUAAAACAGUAGCAUCUUAAGUUAGAUUAUUCUCUUUAUUUCCAUUGAAGAUGUUAAGUUUCACAAGUUAAAAAGCUAAAAACCUCAUAUUACUGAAAUCAUAGCAGCGCAUGUUUCUCCUUCCUCUAUUUGAAUGGGUUUCUGUUGGCAGCUAGCAUCUGUGUCUGGAUGCAUACAACCAAAAGCAUAACUUGGCAUCCAAACCGGCCAAUAUGGUACGUUAUUCUCCCCUCUCGCUUUUGUCCAAUCAGAAGGCAGCAGAAAGUGCAAGACCACCAGUUCCUGUGCAUUCGACCAAAUGGAAAUUUACUUUUAAUCAUGUAAUAGUCCACUACAACGGACUCUCGAGAGCUGAGCUAGGUGGUACUUUUGUGGAUUUCGGUGCGUGUCACACAGGGACUCAUCGCAGGGCUGUGCUUGGAAAAAGACGAGGUACGGUACAGCUGGUGAUGGGAUGAAUCUGUCAGGAAGCAGGGCGGCUGAGCCGGCAGUCAUACGGAAGUCUAAGCCAAGAUAAGCCCUGUAAGCACAGCCCUGAAGCCCUCCUUUCCUUUUGUGUCCCUCCGUCUAGAACGCUCACCCUCUGAUAGCAUGCCAAGCCAUCAAAGUGCAUCUUCUGCCAUGUCCUGUAUCUCCGGUGCUUUCGUUCCUCACACAGAUUUCAGCUGCAGCUCAGGGAUCGAGGAUUGGCCGCUAGGGAACGUUUCUGGCCACAGUGAUACAAAGAAACCCAUUGCAUAGGGGAUUGUUUCUUUUUGUUUUUCUUUUUAUUCUCUUACCUACUGCUCAUUUCCAUGUAUGGUUAUUAACUGCUUCAUGAUCAUGAGGAAGGAAAUGCCAUGAAACCCACUCCUCCAUGUUUCUUGUGUGAGAAUAUUGCAAGGAAACAGAUUCUUAAUGUCAUUUGACUUUUUUCAGUCCUGUUUUAAGCUAACCCAUGUGUAUAAAGCAUAACUGUGGGAUAUCUUGCCUUAGGUUAUCAACAGGUUUUCAACUCAACCGUGAGCAGUGAAUAUGUACUUCUGAUGCUAGAAUAUAUAUUAGUAUACUAGGCGGUUGGCUUGCAUCGACCUGUGGACCUGUGGCUUAGUUUGCAAUGCCUUUAUGUCUGGCUCCACUCAUGUCAUUAAAUGAAAAGGUCAUUCAGUACUGUAGAUCUCUGAGCUCAUGACUAGCAGCUUGGCUUGUCCUUUUAAUCUCCACUUUAAUUUCUUCUUUUGAAGACAUACAGCCUGGUAGUAUAUCCGUACCUUUCUGUUUUCCUUUUAAUUUAUUUGCUGUUUUUAAUUCAUCUGCCAUGGUAAAUGUAGAGAUCAUGUAUCACUCAAAAGCAUUGCUGUGAUCUCUCAUGUUUUUUCCUUCUAUCUUCAGUGAAGGUUUUGUUUUAUUGUCUCUCUUUCCUCCUUUUUUUUUUUUUUUUUAAUUCUUGAAUAAUUAUUGCAACAAUCCUGUCAGUAUAUUAAGCUACACUAAUUAGGUGACUGACUUUGCAUAGCUCUAUUUUAAGUCAACUAAAUUAUCGUGCACAUUAGCAUGACAUGUAGAAUCGAUGUAGAGUUUAUCUUGCGAGAUAGAAUGAUACAGCACUCUGGCCAGUGUGAAAGACAUCGUGAUGGCGGAUAGGCGUCAAUAGUGCAAAACCCAGUGCAGGGUAUUAUUAUUCUGAAGAAUCGCACCAAUGUUUCCACACAAGCCACCAUUGAAAGCAUUAGUUUUUCCAACCUCAAUGUGAAUAUAUUUGGUUGUAAAGCAGUAUUGUAGUGGAUAAUAUGCGUGACUUGAUGGAGAGGGACUUUUUUUGUGAGCAAAUCAAAGUCCUUUCCUUAUAUUCAAAAAGGAGUGCCUCAAGGCUAUAUCCUAGGUCUACGUAGAGUUCUCACAAAAGCCAUUAUAGCAAAUUUGUACAGUUGCAAUAUGGCUGCUGUUGAUGUGGUUGUGUAGUCUGUACCCAAAAUCUAGAUGAGAGAAAUUAGUAAAUAUUUCUGUUUAAUAUGCCCCCUACGCAAGUGACUGCAAACUCCCCCGUCCCCCUUGCAUAGACAGUUUUGUGAUGUCCAAAAUUCUGUCUGCAGCAUGAGAAGUGUACGUUUUUUGAGCUCUGUAUACAAAUUUGAAGCAAUUAGUGCAUGAUUCUAAUUAGCAAGACGUGUCCAAGAUGCAGCAGAAAUUGUAGUGGAUGUGGGUGUAUUGCAAAUGAUGAAUACUCCAAAAAACACAAAGACACUGCAAGGGAAGAUACUGAACAUUAAGUUUAACUUUGAUUUUCUUUUCUUUUUAGGCCACUUUGUGCAGAUGUUUCAUCAAUUGGGAGAUUUCUCUUUAGAAUUGUUACUUUUUUUGCAUCUUUUACUAAAACUGGAAAAUCUAAAUCUGGUGUAAAACGAAACAUGAUGAAACUGGUCAAAAGCCUGAACGUUUGAUGUCAUAAGCUGCUUGGUUAGAAUGGUAUCAAAGAAAAAAAACUGGGUAAUUGUACAGAGGAAAAACUAAUUUGUAUAAAAGACAUAUUUUUGUACUUCGUCAAAUCUCUACAUGCAUGUCAGCAAUAAACUUUUUUGUCUCUUUGUAUGAUUUGAAGUGUAAAAGAUUUUUAAAAUUUAAUUUUGCCUUUAAAUCCAGUAUUUAACAGCACUUUUU